ACUGAUGGCACCACCUCGUGAACGCGCAAGGGCAGCAAUGGCCGCUGUGGAUCGGCGAAAUCCUAAUCUCGACGAUUUUGUCGGAUUAAGCUGGAGUUGUUGGGUAGAUAGGGUGAAUAUUUUACCAUCUGACGCUGAGUCUAAUGUUGAAGACAGCAGCAAGUAUGGGAGGGACUGCUGCUCUGAGACCAUGACCCUCAGGAAAGAAGAUAUGCACACAUUUGGCCACUGCCCAGCACACGAUGAGAUCUAUCUGGUGGUGUGCAGCUACUGUGGUCAGGUGGUGAAGCCUCAAGCCUUUGAGAAGCACUGUGAGAGGCGCCAUGGUCCUCUCAUUAAGAUGUGUCAACAGUCUUCUACUUCGGCUCCACAGCAGCGACCUUGCCCAGCUCGCCCUCCUUCAAAUCAUUCCUCUUCUAGAGAGAGGCAGAAAGAUGGCAGAUGUUAUGAAGCCUCCUCCUCAGCAGCAUCACCGGCACACCAGCACAGGCCUGGCAAGGCCCAGAGGGAGGCAGUGAGUUUUCCUUCAGUGGAGAAGUUCCCUCAGGAGAACGCUCCCUUCCCACACCACUCCUGCUCCUCCACGCCUCGCCCCAAGGUCCCUCUGUGGCACUCAGGACCGCUGCCCCCUGGCCACGCUUCUUCCUCCACUUCUGCGUCAGAGAGACCCUCAGAGCAGAAGCCCACAGCUGGGCAGUCCAAUGAAUCUCACGGUGCUCUGCGGGGAACAAGAACCUACAGCCGGGUUUACAAAAACAUCAACAAGAAAGAAUGUGAGCUGAACAAACAGUGCAGAGUUCUGGAUCCAGAGAGGAAGAAGCCAUGCAGCCGGGAGCUUAUAUGCAAUAAUGACUCCAUCCACCAGCAGCAGCAGAAACCAUCUGGAAGGACUAAGAUCGUUGAGCGGUUGGCGGAGGAGCAGAAAACGGUCCCCACAGAUCGAGAGAUGGAGCAACUUCUCGUCAAAUCAAAAGACAAAGUGCAACAUCUGGAAGCGUUUGAAGAAAAAAUAACAACUCAGGGCAGCAAAUACAGUUUCUCCAGCAACCGUCACGUUCCUAGCGGGCUGUCAGAUGUUCCAGGGGAGGAGGGCAACAGCGCUGUGGAAGUGGAGACACAGCCUCAGCAUCCCUUCAACCAGACCCUGUUGUCAGACGAGGACAGUGAAGAAGACUAUGAGCAGGAGGAAGACACAGAUCUGCCUGCCACAACCUGGCACCCCAAACCUCUCGGGCUUUGCACUUUUGGAUGCCGGAUGUCGGGUUGCAGCAUCUUCACGUUCGACCGGCGUUUGCACCACUUGCGUUUUGCCCUUAGCGCCAUGUUGGAGCACCAUGUCAGCACACACUUGUGGAAAAAAAUGCCUCAAGUAUCAUCAGGUCUCAGGUCACGCCAUGUCACAUCUCCUGUCAGGACUGGGGCUAGACCCUUCAAAUCCACAGGCUCCCUUAACCUUCAGUCUACCUCACUGGGACAACUGGAAACCAAAACCAGUCAACACAACUCUCACGGCACCAAACCAAUUUCUUGCACCACAUCUGCAAGACUUGAGCCUGGCCGUCUGCGCCACCCUGUCGGGCGAGCCAGUAAGGCUCGGCUGAGGGAGGAGGAGUUUGUACCAGAUCUAAGCGGAGCACAGAAAGCUGCCAAGCUGUCACACAGCGGUGAGGACAAUCCCCCAAAAUACAUCAGGGAUCCCCCUCUCAAUGAGAAGGGUCAGCCACACAUCCCCUCCUCUCGUGGACCAGUAAAUGGUAACUUCGCACUCGGAAAGAAGCCAUGUCCUCCUCUCCACCGCUCCCCUCGCAACAGAGGGAGGUCUCAAGGGAUUCAGGAGAAGGUGGCGAACUACGACCACAGGAGUCCUGCUCAGAAGCGCAAAGGCAGCAAUGAGUCACAGCUCCUCAACUCCAGAGCCUCCAAGUAUCAAGGCUUGUCCUCCUCCUCCUGCUCAAGCCUCCUCACUUGGAAUGGAGAGAAUAUCGGGGACAUGCGUGCUUUGGGCCUGGAGAAAAGAUCCAACUCCUAAAAACCAAUAAAGAGGCCAGCCUUAAAAAGACCCCCUGGAGGAGGGGCCUGCUGCAGCUGCCUCCUCCACAGUAUGAGUGUGUGGGUAUGUUUCAGUUCAUAUUUUUAUGUACAGACAUCAGGAAUAAAUAUUUGUCUGCAUGUUACCAUAUGUGUGUAUUUUUGUAAAAUGUCUAUUUUUCUACACGACUAAAUGUCUCAGUUUGUUACCUAUGUAAGAAUGUACAAAUACCUCAAUCUACUCAUCAUGCUGCUAAGAUGAAAAGUCAUUUCAUGGUAAAACAUA